CAGAUACGAGGUCGGAGCAGAGCAGACAGCGGACCGCCAGUUAUUCAACGGCAGUCGGAGUGAGGGAAGUGUUCCUCGAAUUGGACACAUCGCACGCGGACUAAUAAAUCAAAACUAUCGGCAACGCUGUUUUCGAAAUCGAUGUGUGAAAAACGUGUGUCUAAAAACAUGAAAUCGUUUGAUUGCUAAGUUGUGCGAUUCAUUCAUAACAUGUGCAGUGCAGUGAAUAUGUUAUUGUUACUCGUAAUUGUGCCCGUUGUGAUUUGUGUUUCUGAUAACUUUCUCAAGAUGUUCGAGGGGCAAAAACCCCCGGUUGACCCCUGCUACGACGAAGACCGCCCCCGUCGUUGCAUUCCAGACUUUGUAAAUGCAGCGUUCGGUAUCCCAGUAAAAGCGUCUUCUACCUGCGGUCUUCAUUCACCUGUGCAAUUUUGCGAAGUUUCGGAACCAGAGGGCAAUUCCCAGUGCUACAUAUGCGACGACAAAUUGCCAAAGAAUCGAUUUCCAGCAUCUCACCUCACAGAUCUUAACAAUCCCAACAACGUGACUUGUUGGAGGUCUGACCCGCUGCUUCCAGUGACUUCCAUUAAUGCUGCACCAGAUAACGUAACGUUGGUUCUCAGUUUAGGAAAGAAGUACGAGCUGACGUAUGUAAGCCUGCAGUUUUGCCCCAACACACCUAAGCCCGAUUCAAUCGCAAUCUACAAAAGCAUGGACUACGGGAAGACAUGGCAAGCGUUUCAGUUCUAUUCGACUCAGUGUCGCAGAGUUUACGGCAGACCAAACAAAGCAACCAUUACUAAAGUCAAUGAACAGGAGGCACGAUGUACUGAUGCUCAUCGGUAUACGGGAGGUGAUAAUCAAGGUUUCGGACAGUCGUCCAGAAUAGCGUUCAGUACACUUGAGGGCCGCCCAAGUGCUUUGGAUUUCGACAACUCGCCGGUGCUCCAAGACUGGAUCACCGCCACCGAUAUUAAAAUCAUUUUUAAUCGCCUUUACAUGCCUCUAGAGGAUGCGUCUUCCGAAAACUUCGAUACACUCGUUGACGAAUUAAAAAACAAACAAACAGACGAUGAUCUUAAUUUUACCAAAGAACCGGUCGUCCAGUUGGUGAACGAAAUGCAACCCUUAGACACGAAUGAUCCCAAAACACCCACAUCAGUGGAAUUGACUUCAAAUGGGGUAGCCGGUGGUUACAACCAAAUUACUCACCAGUAUGCCGUCGCCGAUUUUGCCGUCGGAGGAAGAUGCAAAUGUAAUGGACAUGCAAGUCGCUGCAUAACAGGUAGAGAUGGACAAUUAGCAUGUGAGUGUAAACAUAAUACGGCUGGAAAGGAUUGCGAAAGAUGUAAACCAUUCCAUUUUGAUAGACCUUGGGGCAGAGCCACUGCUCGGGACGCAAAUGAAUGCAAAGCUUGUGAAUGCAACCAACAUGCUCGUCGUUGUCGAUUCAACAUGGAACUUUAUAAACUGUCCGGAAGAGUUUCCGGUGGCGUUUGUUUAAAAUGUCGACACUAUACAGCAGGAAGACAUUGUCAUUAUUGCAGAGAAGGUUUUUAUAGAGAUCCUACAAAACAAAUUACUCAUCGUAAAGCAUGUAAACCUUGUGACUGCCACCCUAUUGGAUCUUCCGGUAGAACCUGCAAUCAAGCCACAGGACAAUGUCCAUGUAAAGAUGGUGUGGUUGGGACUACCUGCAAUAGAUGUGCAAAAGGUUACCAACAAAGCCGAUCCCAUAUUGCACCGUGCAUAAAAAUUCCUGUAGUGCAAAUAAUGGCUACCGAAGAAGAAGACAAUGAUUAUGGAGACGAAGAUCCAGAUCAACCUGCAGCUGGAGUUCAAUGUGGAAAAUGCAAAUCCAGCACGAAGAGAUUAAACUUGAAUAAAUAUUGUAAAAGAGACUAUGCUAUCAUGGCGAGAGUCUUGUCGCGAAUGGAAGGUAAUGAAGACCAACAUACAAAAGGAUGGACGCGAUUUAUGGUGAAUAUAGAAUUCAUCUACAAAAAAUCAAGGGAUUCUCAAAUACGUAAAGGCACUAUGCCUAUGGUCGUGCCAACAGCAGAUCUGGCUUGUAAAUGUCCUAAACUCAAACCUAGCAAGUCCUACCUGUUUUUAGGAAGAGAGAAAGACGAUUCUCCCGGAGGAGUUCUUACGGGUAGUUUAGGUGUCACAGAAAGAUCAAUUGUCAUUGAAUGGAGAGAUGAGUGGGAUCAAAGGAUGCGAAGAUUUCGUCGAAGAGCUCGCAAAUGCAAGUAAAUUAACUCGUACGUUAAUGAAAGUUACUAAAUUGUUCCAUACAUUUUGUAAAAGAUGCUAGCAGUGUCACUGUGAUUUAAUUUUAACGUAUCUGUUUAAGAGACUUAAAGCAUUUUAAGGGCGCGUUUAAAAGUACACUACCUCAUUUUAUCAUUAUCAGUUUUUCCUUUAGAGAAUAAAGAAAUCAAAAUAUUUUCCUCAUAUCCUAAUUAACGUAUACCUACUCUUCUAAGGUCCGAUUUCUGGUACGAUUACACUUCAGUUAAAUUUUAUCUCUCAGUUAGUUGCUAAGAAUAAUGCGCAUCUGAUAGGAUAGCUAUGUUGUAACUGAGGUUUAAAUUUAUCUCUUCGUUAAAAAUGUUUCCAGAAACUGGGCCUAAGUGACUUCCCACAAUAGUUAAACAAAAUAGUUAAACUAUUACUAUUUUAUUGAUUUUAAAUCUACACGAUCUCAUUACCUUGUUUUUUUUCAAAGAAACGUUAUUAAUGAAAACAAUUCCAAAAUAUGUGUAUACUUAUAAACACUGGAACACGUUCUUGAUCUUGUUACGGUGAUCAUUUAUCAUUUUUUAUUUAAAAUUGAAUUUUUAAGAAAAGUAACAAAACAAUGGUUUCUUUAUAAAUGGUUGUUCCUAAAUUUAACCACUUCCUUGCAGUUUCUAUUUAGUUUUAAUAUUCUUUUAUGAAAAAAAUUACACUUCAAAUUUUAUUAACAAAUACAGCAACAUAAGGACGUCAUCUAAAAUAUUCCAAAAAUAAAUAAAAAAAUUGUGUAUGUACCACCUACUAUUUCAUAUACAGGCUGAUUUUCUAAAAACGGCAUGUGCUUUAGAAUUGUUAUUUAUGUCACAAUUGCAAAAAUUAAAAAGUUUUUUUUACAACAAUAAACAAAAAAUUUAACAAUAAAAACACAGAAUAUCAACAAUGGUUGUGCUGCAUACUUCUCUAGACGAUAAAAUUUCAUUCUAUCAUAAAGUGAACAGUGGAUAAAAUAGCAUAUUUAUUGCUUACAACGGAAUAAAUGGCUUUUAUUCUUUGACACUCAGAAUUUACGACUUGUCUCCUGUGUAUGGAAGUUUUGACAACGGAUUGGCAUUCCUCAAUAUGAAUCGUCAAGCCUUGUUGAGUAUAAUUCGAAAAAUAAAAUAUUCUAUUCAACUCGUUUUCAUGUAAAUCGGUUAAUUUAUUUCACCUUGUGGAUGAUAAGAUAAACCUUUCGUCAUCACUCGAUAACUCGACGUUUAAACAUCCACUCGUGAAACUAAGCGUCCGAUUUACACUGUUCGAAUAGAGUAGUAUAGUAGCAUAAACUGUUAAAAUUUUUCUAAAUGUCAUGCUAUAUUUGCGGCAUAUUCAACAUUCUUAUUUUAAAUUGAGACCGAUAUUUUUAUUUUCAUAAUUUGGAAGGCAUUAGGUUUCUUUCCUAGAAACAUGUGUAAUAUGUUUUUACUAAUUCUACUUUUAAUUCAAAUUAUUGUUUAAAAGAAAGUUGAAAAAAUUAAAUAAAAGAAAAAAAAAUGUUGUUUGAUGUUAAUGAAAAAUAUUGAUGUAAAAAAUAAUCUUUAAAUUGAAUGAUGGUAAUUCGUAAUUACUUAACAUUUACUGCUUUUCGACAUAAUUCGACUUAAUUGUCUUAUUUGAUAGUAAUAUACAACUAGAUUUUGAUUGACUUAUCAAUUUUUUUUCAAUUUCGAUAUUUUUUUAAACAAUACUUUUAAUAAAAGUAAAGCAUUUUGCACAGUUUAUGCCGAAAAAACUAAUAUUAUAAAAAUUAUGAAAACAAAAAUAUAGAUUUCAAUUUAAGAAAGUUAAAUAUAAAAACACACAGAAAAAUGUUAAAAGUAUCAGCUUAUUACAAACCAUUCAAUAUAUUUUUUAAAUUUUGAAAUUGUUCUGAUUUUUUAAAAUCACCCUGUAUUAAUUCAAUCUCUUACGGAGUUGCGAUUUUUUUAUGUGAUUUGAAACCUUUUUUGUAAAGAAUAUAAUUUUGACAAAUAACGCUUGGUUUCAUAUUUUUGCUGGAUCCGUUUUAUGUGUUUCAAGAUGAAACUCAAAAAAUCAAAAUUUUGUAUUUAUGACGAAUAAUUAUAUUUACGCAUCUAAACGUCUUCCUCACAACAAAUUGAUCAAACUUUAAAUUUUUUUGUUGCCAGUAGGUUAAAAAUAACUAUCUUUGAGCAUAAGUUAGUUAUUGUCGCAUAACAAAAGAUAUAUUUUACCCUGUUUUCUAUAGAUCUUCUCACAGUUCACUAAAUUAACUUAGAGUUACUUCGGUACGCACCCUUAAGAGGCUUCUAUUACUUACCAAAAUAAUUUAAGCAAAUGCGAAAUUUUGUAUGUACCUACACUUAAUUAUAUGUAAUUACAUAAUUUAAUUUAAUUUAAAUAAAUUGUAUGAUUUUAUUACCUGUACAUACUAUUUUUUAUUAUUUAUGUACUUAGAUCCUGUUUAUAUUAUGUAUGUAUACUAUUCAUGAUGGGUUUCGGGUAUUAACUAGUAAAGCCUUUUAAUAAAAAUAUUGUAAAACAUAAUCAUAAUAUAGGAGGUCUGAAUCAAACAUGCAGUAUAAUAACGAUAGUUCUGCUGGAUUGAUUUUUCGGUCCUGUUGAUUCGUUUGUUAUGGUAGCGCUCAGCUCCAUUUGCGUGUGCGUCAUCUGACAUUUCUGUCACUACGUUUACAUAGCAGGGCCAUAGCAGUGACAAACUAUCAAAUAUUUUUUGAGGUUACGAAGUGUUUAAAUUAAAAAAAUACAAAAAAUACAGAUUCACAAAACAAGAACUAAUAAACGCAGAAUCAAAAACCUAACGAAACGCAAAUCACAAAACACAAUAAACGAACGGAAAAUACUUGCGUUUAACACCGAUGACACUUUCGACAACCAUGCAACGACGUCUAUAAUUUACUGUCAAUGUCAGAUUGACAAAUUCGUAACACUUGACGGUGUUGUCGAAGUGCACAUGUAAAUUAAUGUUCAAGGAUACCACCCUUAGAUACCCCUUAGUUGUUUAAAUUUGCAUUGUUUUUGACAAUUUUUUACAGCUUUGUGUUGGUAAUGAAAAAAUGAAAUUGAUGACGCACACGCAAAUCGAGCUGACCAGCCACUAUACAACCGUCAAUUUAUAUCCAUUUGUGAAUCAAGAAACGAAUUAGGUAAUAUUUAAAAAAAGUAACUUGAUAUUCGUAAUAUACAGAGUGGAAACAUUUUGCCGCGGUUCGUUCUGAAGCAGAUACACACUUUCAUAUAGAGGGCACUCUAGAUUUUUUUCUCAUAUACCAUACAAGUGAUUAUGGUGAAAUUUAAGGAUUUUGUUAGGUUAUAAAAAUUUAUAAAUGCUUCAAUUUUCUAGUUCCAGUUUUUACACAUACAGGGUGCUAUCAGUAAACCCAAAUUAAAAGGGCGAGGGCGUGGUGGUGAAACUAUAUUUUUUGAAAUUAAUUUUGCAUGCGACAGACAGAGUUCUCUUCAUGUUGUUAAUGUGUAGUAACGCGUAGAAAGAAACUAGGUAAGAUUUUUAAAUAAUCUCGAGUUGUAGUUCUUAGGAAGCUUUUAUAUUAUACUGACCUAAGGAGUUACCAUUUGGAACCUUUUAACAUUUUUUUCCGACAGUCGCCUAAAAGUGUUUUGAACAUAGCAGUUGUAUUAGUAUUAUUCCAAGAGUAUUUAACUUUUUUCAGAUGGCACUAUACAUAUUUUUCUUGUCAUUGUUUUUAUGCAAAAUUUUGUUAAUACAAUAAUUUUGGUAUCUUUAUUGUAAGUAUUAUAACUAUUUAAAAAAUAUGUUUUGCACCCAAGUAAUAAUAAAGGCUUUACUCUAUCGUUUGAUGUAGUUUUAUUUGCUUCAUACUUCGUUGUGCAAAUGUUUUCAUUCCACUCUGUAUAAAGGAAAAUUGCAGAUAUGUUCUAGAAAUUCUUAAUACCCGAGUUCACCGCCGUUGCUUAAUAACCAUAUGUAAAAUUUGAAUACAGUUAAUUGUUAGUAUAUAAAAGUAAGCUAAUCUUUUAAGUUAGGCCGAUGCAACCGGCCCUUAGUGGUCAGAUGUGAAACUUAAUGUAUUUAGAACGUUGAUAAUAAAUGUGAUAGAUGGAUUAA